AUGAUAAACUUUGAAACAUUUUUAUUAUUAAAUGCUGAGACCUUAAAAUGCUAUUCGUUUUUUGAACAUGUGUUAAUAUAUUAUAUUUCAAAAAGGUUGAUAAACAUUUUUUACGGGAAAUAUGGAAAAUAUUACAACAUUGAAAUAUGUUCAUGUGAAGAGUUAAGUGUUGAAAAUUUAUUUUAUUCGAAGAGUAUAAAUUUUGGUGACUCACCAGAAAAGAAAAAGAAAGGAGAUAAAGAUAUAUGGGAGUUUUUUUCUCAAAUAAUAUUAAGGAAGAAGAAGAAAAAAAAAAAAAAAAACCUAAAAACUAAUGCAAAUUAUAAAAAAAAACAUAAUUAUAUGAAUGAUGAAUAUAAUACAACUGAUAGAAAUUCCAAUAAUUUUAAUAAAUGUAAAAAUGAUAAAUAUAGAAAAAAUGAUAUUACAACACAUAAUAUUUGUAAAAAUUAUAAAUUUCAUGAAAAUGUUUUAUAUUAUCAAGGAUAUAAAGACUUAUAUAAUCCUCCUGAAGUUAUAUGGAAUUAUUAUCUUUUAAAAAUACUUUUUUUUUUGUAUCAUAUCUAUUUAAAAACACAAAAAAAAAAAAAAUGUAAAUAUGAUAAGGAAAAAAUAUUCUUUUCAUUUUGUACUUAUAUAAUAUGCCUAUUACAUUAUGAAAAUAAUAUUAUAAAAAAUAAAGAUAAAUUACUUUUUUUAUUCUUGUUUUUUUUUUACUUCACAAAAUGGAAUUUAAACAAUCUAAUAAAUAGAAAAUAUAGAAACAGGAAGUUAUUAUAUCAUAAUGUCUUUUAUCAUCAUUACAAUAAUAUUAAGAAAAAACAAAAAAAACAUAUCAAUAUUAAUCAUUGUAGAGAUUUAUUUGAAGAAGCUAUAAUUACACAUUUUUAUAAAUUAAAAUAUAUAGAUAUACAAAAGUUAUAUAAUAAUCAUUUUUUCCAUAUACAUAUAUAUCGAGAAAAAAAAAAUAAACCAAUUCUUAUUAUUUGUAAGAAAUCAUUAUAUUUCUUUAAUCACAUAUAUUUAAAUUAUUUAAAAGUAUAUAAUUGUUUCAAUCCCAUUUCAUAUAAUAUUGAAAAAAAAUAUAUUAAAUCAAACCAUCAAAUAAAAUCUAUAAAUCCUUUUAAAGAAUUAAAAAUAUUUAACAUAAAAUAUUAUACUCUUUUAUAUAUACUCAUAUAUUAUACUAUUCAUAGUAAUAAUAAUAGGAAACCAAAUAAUGCAUUUGAAAUAUUAUAUAUAUUGUUAAAAAAAAAAAUCACACAAAGAAAUUUUAGAAAUAAUGCUCAAUUUUUUAUUAAAUCAUUUUUUUCAAUCAAACGAUUUAAUUUUAUUCCUACAAUUAUAAAAAACUAUUUAAUACAUUUUUUUUACAAGAUUUUUUAUUGUCAUCAUGAAAAAAAAAAUUAUCUAUUUGUCUUAUCCAAUCUGGUUGAUAACCCUUUGAUAUUAAAAUUUGAACAUAAUAAAAAUUGUGAAAAUACAAUAGCAAAUAUAAAAAAUAUAUCAAAUGGCACAAAAUCAAUAGAAGCAAUAAUAAAAAGAACAAAACCAACAACAGUAAAAAGAACACUCAAAAUGAUAUCACAUAAUUUGAGAAAAAAAAAAAAAAAGACAUAUAUAAAACAUAUCUACUAUACCACAUUAUGUGUUUACAUAUCCUUAUUAUAUAAUAAUAAUUAUUACAACUUUUAUUACCUCUUUGUACAUAUUUUAAACAAAAUAAAAAGUGAUAUGCUUUGCAAAAAAAUACAUCAUUUCCUUGACGAGCUAGCCAAAAUUGAUCCAAAAUGUCAAUAUAUAUGGAAUGCCAAAAAAAUGUUUUUUUUUAUAUAUAUCAAAAUGUACUUAAAAAAAAGUAAGUUUAUUUUUCAAAAAUAUAAAACAAAAAUGGAAGAAAAAAAAAAAAAAAAUAAAAUAAAUAAAUUACUCCCAAAUAUUUUUCCACCUUGUAAUAAAAUAAAAGUAAAAGAAGAUAAUAAUGUAUCUAAAAAGAAAUCAUAUAAAUAUUAUAUAAAUCAAAAAAAAUUAUUGUCAUUUCAAAAUAUAAAUAAAAUUAAUAAUUAUAUUAAAGAGAAAAAAGAAAGGUACAAAAAAAAAAAUAUAUAUAUAAACAAAAGUAUAUGUAAAAAUAUAUAUAAUGUUCUAAAUGUUCAUUAUAAAAAUAAUAAUUUUAUUAUUUGGAAAUAUACACCUAUACAUUAUAAAUAUACAGAAGAUUAUAUAUUUGAUUUAUAUACUCAUUUAAAAAACAAAAUUGUAAAAUAUAUACUUGUCAAUUUUGAUUUUUUUAUAAAAAUAUUAGAAUGUAAAACUUAUAAUUAUAUGGCUGCUUCACAUGUUUUUACAUUUUAUAAUAUCUUAUCAUCUUAUUUAUUUGAUAUAGAAAAAAAAAAAAAGGAAAAAGGCACUUAUUAUAUACCUUUUCAAAAUAAAUCUAUAAAAUAUAUGUUCAUUACAAAAUAUAAAAAUGUCUUACAUAAAAAUAUGUAUUACUAUGCCUUUCAUUAUAUAUUUCUUCUUCUUUAUAUUAAAAAAAUAUAUUCUACUGUCAUUUUUAAUUUAAAAAAAUAUUUUCAUGUAACUGUUAUUAAAAAUAUGUUCACAUACAAUUUAAAUUGGCUAGCUCGUACAGAAAACACAAAUAAUACAAUAAUCAAAAACAUAAACAAAAAAAAAAAGAACGUUACAAAAAAUUAUUAUAUAGCAACUGAAUAUAAAAUGUGUAUAAAUGACCAACACAUUAUCAAUAAUCAUUUUACGAAUAAGAAAUAUUCAAAUAACAUGAUUUCUUUAGAUAUAAAACAAAAUAAAAAUUGUGAUGAAAUAAUAAAAAAUAACUCUCCUAUUAAUAAAAAGGAUACCUCAUUUUAUUAUGAUGUAUAUACGUGUCAGAGUGAAAAUAUAAGAAAUAUUUAUAAUUCCUCUUAUCAUAUGAAUAAUAUUAUAAAGAAUAAUCAUGUACUCUAUAUAUAUAGUACAUAUAUGGAAUUCUUCUUAUCGUGGAAACAAAAACAAAACAAAAAAAAUUACGAACAUGAUCAAAAUCAGACUUAUAUAAAAAUAUAUAAUUUUCCACUAUUUUUAUAUAAAAAAUUAAAUAAAUUUUCAACAAAUUAUAAAAUUAUUUCAAAUAAUAUGAUAAAAUUAUUAAAUGAAUAUUAUAGUGAAAAUUGUUAUAUACAUAUUUAUUCAACUACUUUUAAAAAUAUCAUAUAUUGUUUAUGCAACUACAACUUUUUCUUUUGUCAACUCUUUUAUAAUUUAAUUCUUCCUUUAUCAUUUAUAACAAAUAAUUAUCACACAACUUAUUCAGGUAAAGAGCAAGAAAAUAAAUAUCUAUUUACACAUAAAUAUACAUCCAAACUGUUUGUUUAUUAUGAUAAUUAUUUUAAGAACGAAUUAAAAUAUAUGAAAAAAUAUUACAACAAUAUAAAAAUGAAAUAUAAAGGACAAAAAAUAACAACAACAAAAAAUAAUAAUAAUAAUAAUAAUAUAUAUAUAUAUAAAUUUACAUAUCAUUCAUAUAAUAGCUUAUUAAAAGUUCAUAAUAAAUAUGUUAGAAAUAAAAAAUAUGGUGACAACGUUUUAUUAUUAAUUAACGAAAAAUAUCAAAAAAAAAAAAAAUGGAUUUGUAAUAAUUUCCAUAUUUAUUCCAUAAAUAAUGAUAUGAAGAAUUAUAACACAACAUCUACGCAUCAUAGCAUUUUAAUUUCAUACAAUAAAAUGCAAACAAAAAAAAAAGAGAGAAUCAAAAACAAAGAUGGAAUAAUAAAAGGUUAUCAUGUAAAUAAAACGUUUGAAUAUAUAUACUUUAAAAAUUAUUGCGAUAUAUUUUUUAAAUGUAUAAUUAAUCUUAUUCAUGAGAAUUGUUUAUAUCUAUACAAUAUGUUAAAAAAAUAUUACACACAUAGUUCGAAAGAUAUAACAAUAUAUCAUGCAGAAAAAAAAAAAUUUGUACACAUGAAUCAUUACGAUAAUAUAAUUAAUUCUCCAAUAAAUUUAAAAGAAUGUUGUAAUUUUUUAUAUAAAAUAUAUUCUGACAUUUUUCAAUUCUUUAAAAUAUUGAAACAAAAAAAUUUUAAUUUUUUUUAUGUUCUACGAGUAUUUGCUAUAGAUCCAUUAACAAAAAAAAAAAAAAAAAUUUAUUUUUUAAAGUUUUUUUUUUUCUAUGCAUUUCCUUAUUUUUUUAUGUGA